UUGUGCGGCUUUGGGGAUGCCUGUGUGGUCUGUGUGGUGUAUGUGUGACUCUCCUGUGGCUGUCAUUGUGUGGCUGUCAUCAUGGGUGUCACUCUGAGGGUGUGUGUGGCUGUGUUGUUGUGACUGCUCUCCCUGUGAGUGUGUCUGUACGGUUGUGUGCAUAUGACUGCCAUUGUGUGUUCCUUCUGAUGGUGUGUGGGGGCCCAUUUAUAUGUUUCUGUGUGUGGCUGUGCUCAUGCGCCUUUCUUGUGUGGCUUGGUGUGCAAAUCCGUGUCAUGGUCCACGUAUGUGCCCUUGUGUGGCCAUGUGGCUGAGCUGUGGAUGACAUCGUCUCUCCUAUGAGUGUCUGUGUGGAUGAGAGACUGUUAAUGUGUAUGGCUGUCAUUGAGUGGUAAUUGGGGGUGUGACUCUGUGACCGGUUUGUGACCCCCAUUGCGUGUGGUGACUCUUUUUGAUGUAACUCUUAAGUGUGUCGGGAGCCCUGAGGCUAUGUCCCUGAUGAUAGUGAGGUGGGUGCUUGUGUGGGGCUGUAUGCGGGGCUGUGAAGUGUGUGAAGGACCUCCUCUUGUGUCCCUGUGACUGUGUGUGUGUGUAGGGGGAGGUUGUUUGAUCUGUGUGGGUGUCAGUGACAGGCCGUGUGCACACUGUGCCAUGUGUGUGAGUGUACAGUUGUGUGUAGUGGGUGUUGGGCACCUGUCUGAAUGAGCAGGCCUGUCUUGUUCACCACAAGCAAAGUGCCUAGAACCCAGCAGGCACUGGAUCCUUGUUGGUGGGAUGGACACAUGCUAUACUGUGUGUGUGUGUGUGUGUGUGUGUGUGUGUGUGUGUGUGAUGUUUGAGAUGGAAGUUGUGGCUGAGUUGUGUAUUCUAGGGAUGCCAGCAUGUGUUAUUGUGUCUCUGGAGGGUGAGGGGCCGUGGCCAGGUGGGCAUCUGAGAUCUCUGGUGACCCUCACCCCACAUGUCACACUGCAGAGCAAGCUGCGUGGAUGGGGCACUGGACCCAGAGUGCCUACCCUCACCUUCCUGGGCCUCAGUUUCCACAUCUGUGCAAUGGGGGUGACCAUCCCUGCCCUGCUGGCCGCCAGGAGCGGCUGUGAGUCUGUGGGUGUGGCGGAGGCCUGUGGGAAGCCAUAGGGCCCUUUCACAGGCCCGGCCUUCACCAUGGCAGGAGGGAGACCCCAGCCGAAGAGGAGUUUCUCCAUCAUUCCCUGCUUUGUCUUCGUGGAGUCAGUGCUUCUGGGCAUCGUGGUCCUGCUUGCCUACCGCCUGGAGUUCACGGACACCUUCCCGGUACACACCCAGGGGUUCUUCUGCUAUGACAGUACCUAUGCCAAGCCUUACCCAGGGCCUGAGGCUGCCAGCCGAGUGCCUCCUGCACUCAUCUAUGCCCUGGUCACUGCUGGACCCACCCUCACGAUCCUGCUGGGGGAGCUGGCGCGUGCCUUUUCCCCCGCGCCACCCUCAGCCAUCCCCAUCAUCGGGGAGAGCACCAUCGUGUCUGGGGCCUGCUGCCGAUUCAGCCCCCCACUGCGGAGGCUGGUCCGCUUUCUGGGGGUCUACUCCUUCGGCCUCUUCACCACGACCAUCUUCGCCAAUGCGGGGCAGGUGGUGACUGGCAACCCUACGCCGCACUUCCUGUCUGUGUGCCGCCCCAACUACACGGCUCUGGGCUGCCUACCGCCCUCACCGGACAGGCCAGGGCCCGACCGCUUCGUCACUGACCAGGGUGCCUGUGCCGGCAGCCCCAGCCUGGUGGCCGCUGCGCGCCGUGCCUUCCCCUGCAAGGAUGCUGCCCUUUGCGCCUAUGCAGUCACCUACACAGCGAUGUACGUGACUCUGGUAUUCCGCGUGAAGGGCUCCCGCCUGGUCAAACCCUCCCUCUGCCUGGCCCUGCUGUGUCCCGCCUUCCUGGUGGGCGUGGUCCGCGUGGCCGAGUACCGCAACCACUGGUCCGACGUGCUGGCGGGCUUCCUGACGGGCGCUGCCAUCGCAACCUUUCUGGUCACCUGUGUUGUACACAACUUCCAGAGCCGGCGGCCCUCUGGCCGAAGGCUCUCCCCCUGGGAGGACCUGGGCCAAGCCCCCACCAUGGAUAGCCCCCUCGAAAAGUUAAGUGUGGCCCAGGAACCCGAGGCCUGCAGGCCGCAUUCGACACCGGCACGGCUCACCCCAUCCAAGUCGCAGAACUGUGCCCGCCGUGGCCACCUGAUCCCCAGCUGCGUGUCCUCCAGGGCUCCAGCCAUGUGUUCGUCGCCCCGUGUGCCCCGCCCUCGAUUGAGGUCUGAGCCGACGCCCCUGCCCCUGCCCUUGCCCCUGCCCGCACCAGCCCCCAGCCAGGGCCCCUCACCCUCCUCCCCUGGACCUGGGGGGCCGGGUGGGGGUGGCGGACGUGGUCGGAAGUUACUGCUGCCCACGCCCCUGCUUCGGGACCUGUACACCCUUAGCGGACUCUAUCCCUCCCCCUUCCACCGGGACAACUUCAGUCCUUACCUGUUUGCCAGCCGUGACCACCUGUUGUGAGGCCCCACCACCCUCCCAGAAUCAGCCAGGCCCCCAUUCCUUCCCUGCCACACGUGUGUGUGCGUGUGCCAUGUGAGUGCCAAAGCCCUCUGUGCACAAACCAGCCAAGCCUGAACAUUAGAGGCUGGCUGGAAGGACAUAUGGGGGGGGGGCGCCCCCUGCCUCUCUUGCCCUCUGAGACAUCCAAGUGGGCAUAACUGGGAGGUGGGCCCUUGCCCCAGGACUGCUCUUUUAAGGGCCAAAACCUGACCCCAUUGGCCAUUGCUCAGCCAAUGGGAGCCCCGAGUUCUAAAAUUUCUACUUAAAAGGCGUUUACACCAACCAAUGGGAGCCUCCCCUCACAUCUUAGACUCCUCAGGCUAGAGGGUAACUCCAGUUAGUGUUCAGCGUCUGAAAAACCAAUAGGAGUCCUUGGUUUUCAGAAUUUCUAGGAUGGGUGGGUAUGAUUCCAGUCAAUGGGGGACCGCCAAUGCCCAAGCACGAGCAAAGGAGAGGAGGGAGAUGGGGUCAUCCUUUGUCAUCGAAUCCUCUCUCCAAGUCAGAGAGUCCAGCUGGAGCAUGGGGGCAGGUUCCCCCAUGGCAGGGUCCUUGGGGCACCCCUUCCUCUCUCAGCCCCUCCCCCAUGUGCAACCUCUCGCUCAGUCCCUCCCAACUCCCAACUCUACAGGGCUUGCCCCAGUUCAGAGGUUUUGGGGUUCAGGGUGCUGUGUCUCCCCUUGUCUGUGCCCAGGUUGCCCCAAACCCUUCUGUUAUUAGGGCUAUGGGAAGGGACUUUUUUUUUUUGCCUUGGAAUCUCCCCUUGUUCUUUACACUGCCCCCACCCUGGGCCCCAGCCUCGUUGCAGAUGUGCCACCAGGAGAGAGGACUCCCCUGCUCCAGGCAGCCAAAGGCAGUGGGCAGAGGAGACACUGCCCCCCUUUCCUGCCCCAUCCUUAACUUUAAUAAAGACCUGUUUGUAACAGAA